GGUCCUUUUUUCUCAUCUUGUUGUUCCCACUAGCUAUGAUCAUGUUCUAGAUCAGGUCCACAGAUUUCCGGUAAAACGACGACGAAUCAAAAUAGAAACAAAAACUAAGACAAAUUCCUUACUUAAUUCAACAAAAAAAAAGAGAAUCUCUGUAAAAGUCAGACACUUAUAGACAGAACAAGAAAAACCCAUUUCUAAAAUCAUCUCCUCUUCCUUCAAAAACUCUAUCUCUCACUCCCACUUCUUGGUUCUAAGAAGAAUAGUUAAAUUUCUUUUGCGAAGAAUAGUUCAGGAUGCAGCUGCGACUUUCGAAAAGCUUGAAGCAUAUAUAAUGGUGUAAAGACUAAAGAGUAAAGAUAAUUAAGCAUGAAGACGAUGUGGUGGAGAGAUAUGAGAAGUCUACUUAUAGUUCCAAUGUUCAAGUGUUUGGUGGCUAUAUGUUUGGUCAUCUCACUAUUAGUUUUCGUAGAAAGUUUAUAUAUGAACAUUGUAGUAAUCUACGUCAAGUUGUGUAAACGCAAACCCGAGAAGAUUUACAAAUGGGAGGCAAUGCAAGAGGACUUGGAGCUCGGAAAUCAAAACUUUCCCAUGGUUCUUGUCCAAAUCCCAAUGUACAACGAACGAGAGGUGUUUAAGUUAUCCAUUGGUGCUGCUUGCAGACUCAUAUGGCCAUUGGAUCGACUAAUCGUUCAAGUUUUAGAUGAUUCCACUGAUCCCACCAUCAUGGAAAUGGUAAGCACAGAGUGUGGAAAAUGGGCAACCAAAGGCAUAAACAUAAAAUGUGAGAGGAGAGACAAUAGAAAUGGCUAUAAGGCUGGAGCUCUUAAACAAGGUAUGAGGCAUAGUUACGUCAAAACAUGCACCUACAUUGCAAUCUUCGAUGCUGAUUUUCAGCCAGAGCCCGACUACCUCGAACGCACUGUCCCAUUUCUUAUCCACAAUCCCGAACUCGCUCUUGUUCAAGCUCGAUGGAAAUUUGUGAACGCAAAGAAGUGCUUGAUGACUAGGAUGCAGGAGAUGUCCCUCAAUUACCAUUUCACGGCAGAGCAAGAAUCCGGAUCCACUAGACAUGCCUUCUUUGGCUUUAAUGGGACUGCGGGUGUAUGGAGACUGGCGGCGAUGGAAGAAGCUGGUGGUUGGAAAGACCGGACCACCGUAGAGGACAUGGACUUGGCCGUUCGUGUAGGUCUACACGGCUGGAAAUUUGUCUUUGUCAACGAUGUUUCGGUGAAAAGUGAGCUACCAAGCCAAUUUAAGGCAUUCAGAUUCCAGCAACAUCGAUGGUCAUGCGGUCCAGCUAAUCUCUUCAGAAAAAUGACUAUGGAAAUUAUUCGCAAUAAGAGAGUGACGAUUUGGAAGAAAUUGUAUGUGAUCUAUAGUUUCUUUUUCGUAAGGAAGAUCAUAGUCCAUUUCUUCACUUUCUUCUUCUAUUGUUUCAUUCUUCCUACGAGCGUAUUCUUUCCCGAAGUCAACAUUCCGACUUGGUCAACCGUUUAUUUUCCUUUUAUGAUCACUCUAUUCAAUGCCAUUGCCACACCAAGAUCUUUCUACCUCGUGAUUUUUUGGGUCUUAUUCGAGAAUGUAAUGGCUAUGCAUCGGACCAAAGGCACUUUCAUCGGUUUACUUGAAGGAGGGAGAGUUAACGAAUGGGUCGUCACCGAGAAAUUAGGUGAUGCGCUUGAGACUAAGUUACUUCCCCAAGUAAGAAAACCUCGCAACGGGUUUCUCGAAAGGUAAUCAAUCAAGCAAAUAAUAAUCAGUUUAGGAUUUUUUCUUCAUAUGAUUUAUCUCCAAACUUUGUUGCAGGAUAAACUCAAAAGAGAUGAUGGUGGGGAUAUACAUAUUGUGCUGUGCAUCAUAUAACCUUGUCUUUGGGAAGACAGUGUUAUAUAUCUAUCUUUACAUGCAGGCUCUUGCUUUUAUUAUUGCCGGAAUUGGUUUUAUAGGAACUUGAUAAGUGUAAUUAGUAAUUUAUAUAUCCGUUAGUAUUCUCGUUCUUUUCUUUUUCAUAUUUCAGAAUAAGUAGGUGAAUUAUUUUAUUUAAUACAAUUCUUAUUCAUUAAUAUCUUUAUUUUUUUGUACAGUGUUAAUUAGUCCAUAUGUUUAUAUAGUGCGUGUAAGAUUCUUGAGUACGCACAUUGUAAUUUGUUGUAUGAUCAUUAGUUUCCUC